AUGGCUGAUGCAUUGAAAGCUCUCGAUCACGUUGAAGGGUUUUCAGAACAACCAGAAACGAUCCCCAACACACCCAGAAGACUAGAGAUCCUUUCACCAGAUCUUCCUUGCACCACUCGGAGAACAUCAACUCAGCAAAAAUCAAUGGCUGAGACUGAAACUAGAGAAAAGACUAUUGUUUCAGAGCCAUCAGAUACGCCAAUUACUCGGAAUGGUCGGAGAAGAGUGGCAGCGUCUUUGGUUCGGCCAAAGAUUGAAACCGAUAUGAAGGAAGACAAUGAAGGAGAAGAAGAUAUGCAAAAUGAAUACUCAGUUGUUCCUGUUCAUAGUGUGAGAAGAUCCGCAAGGUUGUCUAAUAGGAGGAUUCCUAAAUCGAUUCAGGAGAAGGAAUCAAGAAGAGCAGAAGCCGUAAAGAUCGCAGUAUUGUCGGAAGAAGAAGCACAGGAUUUAGAGAAGGAGCAAUCAAUAGAGGGUACUGAAAUCUCUGUUCUCGAAGAAGACAAAGAAACCGAACUUCUGAUUUCUGGUGAGGUUUUAAACGAUAGAUCUGAGACUUUCGUUGGAGAGGAGAGCUCUGUGGUGGAUUCAAGGGACACCACUCCGCUUGAAUCCUCUUUGUCAGAGGAAAUAUGCAAGCCCACUAUUGAAGAAACGGAUACAUCUGUCGCUGACGAUGAUGUUUAUGUUACUGAACCUCUGGCUGCAGGGGUUCGAGGAAGUGGGUCUCUGGCAACCGAGGAGAAAGAAAAAGAGCUUCAUGGACUAUCUGAACCUGAGCCUCUAGAGGAUGAAGAAGAUGGCGCUGCCCUUGUUCCAGAAUACAUGUUGCCUGGAAAAAUAUGCAACUCAACGACCAAGGAGUCUGUUGCAGAGACUUCUUCGUCAAAGGGAAGCAACCCUUCACCAAACAAGGAAUCUGUGGUUGGAGAUUUAAUUGGAAACGAGCAGCUGGAGAGUUGUAAAGUAGAUGAAGGCUCUGAAGGUGACGACAAAGACACUACAUUUGUAGUUCAAAACCAGGAAAAGAAAGAAUCCGGUGAGACUGUGGCCGUUGAGGGGGUGACCUCUGAUUGUAGAUCAAUAGAAGAUGAGAUUUGUGAAAUCCAGCCCCUGGAAACAACAUGUUUGAAUCUUUGCCCCAGAGAAAAUCCAGAGAUGGUUGGCAACAAAGAAUGCAAUUGUGGAUCGCCACUUGCUGCAAUAGAUGAGUUUGUUGGUGAGGUAAUUGUUGAGGUUCUGUCUGAAGCAGAAGAAAUUUCUUGUCUGUCAACAGUGAUAACGAGUGAAAUCCAGUCCCUCGAGACCAGAUGUUUGCAUCUUGGUUUCAGAGAGAACCCACGGACUGUGGGCUGCAAAGAAUAUGAUCCAAGUGCUGGUCAAUUAGUGCUCCAGCUUGAGAGCGUCACUAAUCAGCUUGCCAGGGUUGUUUUUCAACUAGAAACCGAUGAUUCGGUAUCUAAUCAGCAACAGAAAAUGAAUGAUGUUCCAGAGCUGGAGAAUGUGGCUGACCCAGUUCCUACGGAAGUUCUAGCAAUUGAAAAGCAUUCUAUUGAUGAAUCCAAAGAGUCUUUUGAUGAGAUUGCAGAGAAUGACACUGAGAUAAAUGCAGGAAGUUGUUCUGAAGAAGGUGAAGAUGAUCAUAUUGCAGAGCUUGGUGAAAAGUUGAAGGAAGGUAGUGAUGUAGCUGAAGAUAUUGUGUAUUCUUCUUCUACUAAGAUAGGGGAGGAAGAAAAAUCAUGUCAAGAGUCGGUUUUUGAUGUUGCUGUCGUUUUCUCUGAUGAAGAUCCAAUUGAUUUUCACUUUGAAAAUGAAGAGCCUGGUACGGAUAUCAAUGCAGGAAUUGAUAAUGAUAAAUCGAAAAAUGGUGUUGUUUCUUCCUUCUCUUUUGUUGAACAAGAAGAGAAGAGGUCUAGUCAAGAGAGCGAUUUUAAUGUUGCCGUCAUUCCAACCCCAACACCAAAGAAAUCAGGGAACAUGAAACAGACCACCCCGACACAGCUCAUGGUCUUCAACGACAACAAAGAGAACACUGAAGAAGAAGAGCGAUUUUAA